AGGGGGAGUAGAGAAGUCCACUUCAAGUGAUCGCAUCGGCAUCCCCCUUUCUUCGCUAAUCAUUCACUAAGCUUUUACUUGACGCUUUCUCUUUCUCUCUCUUUUCUGCUUCCAUUCGCACCUUCGCUGAAUUUUUUUUUAGUUUUUACCAAAACUAGAUAAAUUCCAAUCAAUCCCUUUUUUUAAUCUCUUUAAAACUCCCAACACCAUCAUCAUGUACUUGUCUGAAAAGCCUCGCCCCAUUGAUUUUUACAAAGAUGAAGCCGCAGGGGCCACCGCCCGUGACAUGAUCAUCGAGGUCACUUCCAAUGGCGACUUGCCUCCUCAGCAAAUGAUUCUAGGAGAUAGUAGCGGCGGUGAGGACCAUGAAGUUAAAGCUCCCAAGAAACGAGCCGAGACUUGGGUUCAAGAUGAAACCCGGAUCCUUAUUGCGUUUCGGAGAGAAAUGGAUGGUCUUUUUAACACAUCCAAGUCUAAUAAGCACUUGUGGGAACAAAUUUCUGCAAAGAUGAGAGAGAAGGGUUUUGACAGGUCCCCAACCAUGUGUACCGAUAAGUGGAGGAAUCUUUUGAAGGAGUUUAAGAAAGCUAAGCAUCAAGAACGAGGUAGUGGCUCCGCCAAGAUGUCUUAUUAUAAGGAGAUUGAUGAGAUUUUGAAGGAGAGAAGCAAGAAUGCACAGUACAAGACCUCUAAUGUUUCUAGUAAUUCUGCUAAUAAGGUUGAAACUUAUAUGCAGUUCUCUGAUAAAGGUUUUGAUGAUGCUAGUAUAUCAUUUGGUCCUGUGGAAGUUUUUUGGUGUGCAGCUAGUGGCAGGCCGACACUCAAUCUUGAAAGACGUCUAGAUCAUGAGGGACAUCCUCUUGCUAUUACCACAGCUGAUGCUGUUGCUGCCACCGGAGUUCCUCCUUGGAACUGGAGGGACACCCCACCUGGAAAUGGUGGGGAUGCUCAGUCAUAUGUUGGGAGGGUUAUAUCAGUAAAAUGUGGGGAUUAUACGAGAAGGAUUGGUAUUGAUGGUACUGCAGAUGCUAUCAAGGAGGCAAUCAAGUCUGCUUUUGGGAUAAGAACUAAACGUGCAUUUUGGUUGGAGGAUGAAGAUCAGAUAGUUCGGAGUAUUGACAGGGACAUGCCUCUAGGGAAUUACACUCUUCACCUUGAUGAAGGAUUGUCAAUUAAAGUGUGCCUCUAUGAUGAGUCAGAUCACAUACCAGUGCAUACCGAAGAUAAAACGUUUUACACAGAAGAGGAUUACCGUGUUUUUCUGGUUCGUCGUGGCUGGACAUGUCUCAGAGAGUUUGAUGGAUACAGAAAUAUUGAUAGCAUGGAUGAUCUUCGACCUGGCGCAAUAUACAGAGGCGCAACUUGAAAGCAGGCAACUUCAUCUUGACAUAUAGACUGUGUAAUUUUCAUAUGUGCUCACAGUGCUCUUGAGGGUAGUAAACAUGUACACGUCUAGAGAGCCCAUCUGGAACUAAAUGGCUCAAUUGUAUAUAGUUUUGUUUUAUGUUUUUGGGUAGGACAUGGACCAAGCCUCUGGCAGAACUCUCUGUUCUUUCAAUAUCUGUAAAUAUGUACUUUCAGUGGAA